AUGGGCACACUGUCAGAUCUUCACCUUCCCUCGUUCUCUACGAACUUGGUGGCGGGUUCUGCGCUCCAUGACGCGGGUGUUCACCAGUUCACCCCUGCCUACGAGCGUGUGACACACUGCACGUGUGCUCAGACGGGUCGUCACCUGGCUACCUUCACUCGGCAGCCGGGGUUGGGCCUGUACACACUGACCACUAAGUCCCCUCAGGUAGCGGCGUCUGCGUCUGCGUCAGGUCAGUUGUCCGCCCCCUGCUCGUGUCGCGCCUUGUCUCACCGGACCCUCCUUUGGCACCACCGCCUUGGUCACCCCUCGGUGCAGCGCCUUCGCAGCAUGCACCGCCGUGUCCUUGUCUCUGGUCUUCCCAGGGUUCUCCCUCCCCUCCCACCCUCGCCUGCUCCUCCUUGUCUUCCCUGUGUCGAGGGGCGGCAGCGCGCCGCUCCUCACUCCUCCUCGUUCCCUCCCACAGAGGCUCCCCUGCAGACUCUCCACCUGGACGUGUGGGGCCCAGCCCGCGUCCGUGGACAGGGCCACGAGCGGUACUUCCUGCUGGUCGUCGACGACAACACGCGUUACACCACGGUCUUCCCCUUGCGCACCAAGGGUGAGGUCCCUGAUGUUUUGAUCCCCUGGAUCCGCGCUGCUCGCCUCCCGCUCCGCGAGCGGUUCGGGACGGAGUUUCCCGUCCUGCGUCUGCACUCUGACAGAGGUGGUGAGUUUUCCUUCGACCUCUUGGCAGCCUUCUGUGAGGAGCACGGCAUCACCCAGUCGUUCACGCUUCCGGCCUCUCCGCAGCAGAAUGGGAUUGCUGAGCACCGCAUUGGCUUAGGCAUGGAGGUCGCUCGUACCUCCAUGAUCCUUGCGGCUGCCCCCCAUUUUCUGUGGCCGUUUGCGGUCCGGUACGCUGCGCAUCAGCUCAACCUCUGGCCCCGUGUCUCCUUGCCGGAGACCUCGCCCACACUGCUGUGGACAGGGAAGGUUGGCGAUGCGUCGCGUUUCCGGGUCUGGGGUGCUCGUGCCUUUGUCCGCGAUACCACCGCGGACAAGCUCUCCGCCCGCGCUGUUCCCUGUGUCUUCCUUGGCUUUGUCCCUGAUGCGCCUGGUUGGCAGUUUUACCACCCCGCCUUGCGCCGUGUCUUCCCCUCUCAGGACGUCACGUUCGACGAGUCGGUACCCUUUUAUCGUCUCUUCCCCUACCGCACUGCCCCUCUCCCCUCCCCGCCGCUCUUCCUCGCUCCAGGUGCUCCCCAUGUAGACCCCCUCCCCACUCCCGGUCCUUCUCCUUCAGGUGUGUCUCAGGUAGACCCUCCUCCCUUGCCUGUGCCGGUUGAGGUCACUGGUGACUCAGGUCCUGCUCGGGGUGCUGUUUCUGGGGGUGCUGAGCCUGGGGGUGCGGAGCCUGGGGGUGCUGAGCUUGGAGGUGCAGAGCCUGGGGGUGCGGAGUCUGGAGCUGCUGAGGGUGCUGGCGCUGGAGGUUCUGGAGCUGCUGCAGGUGCCGGCACUGGAGUUUCUGGAGCUGCUGCGGGUGCUGGCGCUGGAUUUUCUGGAGCUGCUGCGGGUGCUGUCGCUGGAGGUUCUGGUGCUGCUGCGGGUGCGGGCGCUGGAGUUUCUGGAGUUGCUGCCGGUGCUGGCGCUGGAGGUUCUGGAGCUGCUGCGGGUGCUGGCGCUGAGGGUUCUGAGUCUACUGUUGCGCGGUCUCCCUGGAGUAGCCGCCUUCGUCCGCGUUUGCCUCUCACCUCACAGCAGCUGCACGACUGGUACGGUCGCCGUCAGGAUCGCGCUUCUAAAGCUCGGGGCUCUGCCGCUGGAGGUGUUUCUGCUGUCGUCACUGGAGCUAGGAGUGGUGCUGGUCUCGGAGGUGCUCGUACUGGAGAUACUAGAGCUGCUGGGGCUGAAGGUGUUGCUGAGCCUGAAGGUGCUGCUGCUGGAGACCCUGGGUCUGGGGGUGCUGCUGCUGGAGACACUGAGGCUGGAGACACUAGGACUGGAGGUGCUGGUUCUGGGGGUGCUGCUGCUGGUGGAGCUGGUCCUAGAGGAGCUGGUGCUGAGGGUUCUGGAGCUGCUGGAGGUGCAAGAGCUGCUGGGGGUGCUGGAGCUGCUAGUGCUGGUGGCACUGCACAGCCGCGCCUGUUCUUUGCUCCACCGUCUCCGUCGUCUUAG